UCGUGACAACCUUAUUGAAGACUUUAACAAUGGCGGGACAAAGUACGCCGUAUUACACCCCCACAACCAAACCCAACGCCACCACCAACUCCGCCCAUCUCCUCCGUAAAAACAACGUUUUAUUAGCUUGUCUUGUCUUCUUCCUUUGUUCUUUCUUCUACUUAUUCGGCUCAUGGCAACCCCGUGUCGCCACCACUUCCACUGUCACUUCCCUCCACACCUCCACCGUCAACUGUGCCUCCACCCAGUCCACCUCCUUCAACUCGACCAUCGAUGACACAUAUAAAGACCUAGACUUCUCUGCCCAUCACUCCGCCGCCGCCGAUGAUUCCUUCACUGUAAAAACCUACCCACCCUGUUCCGUUAAGUACUCCGAAUAUACACCAUGCACAGACCAAAAAAGAUCAUUGAAGUUCCCAAGAGAUCGUCUUAUUUACCGGGAACGACAUUGCCCGGAGAAAAACGAGCUGCUUAAAUGCCGUAUUCCGGCGCCGUUUGGUUACAAGAAUCCGUUCAAGUGGCCGACGAGUAGGGAUCUCGCAUGGUACGCCAAUGUACCACACAAAGAUCUCACCGUCGAGAAAGCCGUUCAGAAUUGGAUCAGGUUCGAGGGUGACCGGUUUAGAUUCCCCGGCGGUGGGACCAUGUUCCCUAACGGCGCUGAUGCUUAUAUCGACGACAUCGGAAAACUAAUCAAUCUUAAAGACGGGUCGAUCCGAACCGCCAUUGAUACGGGUUGUGGGGUGGCAAGUUGGGGGGCAUAUCUUCUUUCAAGAAACAUCAUAGCGAUGUCAUUUGCUCCAAGGGAUACACACGAAGCGCAAGUACAAUUUGCUUUAGAGCGUGGUGUUCCUGCUUUGAUCGGUGUUAUCGCCUCCAAGAGGCUUCCAUAUCCUUCAAGGGCUUUCGACAUGGCUCAUUGUUCUCGUUGUCUCAUCCCAUGGGGACAAUAUGAUGGAGUGUACUUGAUUGAAGUGGAUCGGGUCCUCCGACCUGGUGGAUAUUGGAUCCUGUCCGGCCCACCAAUCAAUUGGGAGAAUCACUGGAAAGGGUGGGAAAGAACAAAGGACGAUUUGAACGAAGAACAAACCCAAAUUGAGAGAGUUGCAAAGAGUCUUUGUUGGAAAAAAGUGGUCCAAAAGGGCGAUCUUUCGAUUUGGCAAAAACCAAUCAAUCAUUUGAACUGUAAAUCAAAUCGUAAAAUCUCCCAAAACACGCCUCUUUGCCCGAUCCAAAAUCCUGAUUCUGCCUGGUAUAGAGACAUAGAGACAUGUUUGACUCGAUUGCCAGAAGUGUCAAGCAGCGAUGAAGUUGCAGGUGGGGCAAUUGCAAAAUGGCCAGAGAGAUUACACAUGGUUCCUCCUAGGGUUAGCAGUGGAAGCAUCGAAGGUGUAUCACCGGACAUUUUCCAAGAAGAUGUGUUGUUGUGGAAGAAGAGAAUUGCGUACUAUAAAACUGUAAAUAAUCAGCUCGGACAACCGGGAAGAUAUCGUAAUCUUCUUGACAUGAACGCAUUCCUCGGUGGUUUUGCAGCUUCACUUGUUGAUAAUCCUUUAUGGGUCAUGAACAUUGUUCCCGUUGAAGCGAAAGCUGAUACACUUGGUGCCAUUUACGAGCGUGGACUCAUUGGAACCUAUCAAAGCUGGUGCGAGGCAAUGUCUACUUACCCUAGGACGUAUGAUCUCAUCCAUGCAGAUUCAAUUUUUACCCUAUACAAAGACAGGUGUGAGAUGGAAGAUAUAAUGCUGGAAAUGGACAGAAUAUUGAGGCCAGAAGGGAGUGUGAUAAUAAGAGAUGACGUGGAUUUAUUGGUAAAAGUAAAAAGAAUUGCAGACGGGUUAAAUUGGGAAAGUCAAAUAGUUGACCAUGAAGAUGGGCCAUUGGAGAGAGAGAAGCUUCUUUUUGCUGUUAAAUUGUAUUGGACUGCUCCUGCGGAUUCUGACCAACCAACCUAAAAGUCAAAAUUAGUUCAAUUUCCAACUUAAAAAGUUUUAUUUUUUGAAAUUAGAUCUAAAUUGUAUUUUAAUCUUAUAUUUUUCAGUUGCGAUUAUAAAUACUAUCUGAAUUAUUGUUUAUAA